CAAACUCUUCUUGAGAACACUGAUCACUUGGUCAAAUCGAUCUCUUGGCAUCACAAUUAAUAUUCUACCAAGUAUGGACUCAGAGGACGUGAUAAGUAACUUGGAAAAUGGGGAUCACCCUAAGGAUCAGGACUUCAAGGGAGUAGUAAUUAAGAGUAGUAGUCUUGUGGUUAAGAAAUCGUCGGAUCCGAUGCUUGAUUCCAAGGUUAGGUUGGGAAUGUUGAGGCAAUUCGUAGCCAAUUUGCAGGAGGUGAUCCUUGGUACAAAGCUUGCUUUUCUCUUCCCUGCAAUCCCUCUUGCCGUUGCUGCCGACUUUUACCGAUUUGGAAGAGCUUGGAUUUUCGCUUUUAGCUUACUUGGCCUCACGCCACUCGCGGAACGUGUCAGCUUCCUAACUGAACAAAUUGCUUAUUUCACUGGUCCAACAGUUGGAGGGCUCCUUAAUGCAACAUGUGGAAAUGCAACAGAGCUGAUUAUAGCAAUGUUUGCUCUGCACCAGAACAAGAUUCAUGUUGUCAAGUACUCCCUCCUGGGCUCCAUCCUUUCAAAUCUCCUCCUUGUUCUUGGGACGUCUCUCCUCUUUGGAGGUCUAGCCAACCUCAAGAAGGAACAAAGAUUUGACCGAAAGCAGGCUGAUGUGAACUCACUAAUGCUCUUACUGGGACUGUUGUGCCAUUUGUUGCCUCUGAUGUUCCAAUAUGCAGUGGGGCCCGGAAUCAUCACCUCCAAAUAUACCCUUGAGAUGUCAAGAGCCAGCAGCAUUUUCAUGCUUAUAGCAUAUAUUAUGUACAUUUUCUUCCAGCUAAAAACACACAGGCAAUUAUUUGAAUCUCAAGAGGAAGAUGAAGAUGAGGAGAAGGCAGUAAUAGGGUUUUGGAGUGCAUUCAUAUGGCUGGUUGGUAUGACAAUUAUGAUAGCUAUAUUAUCAGAGUAUGUUGUGGGCACAAUAGAGGCAGCAUCAGAAUCUUGGGGGAUUUCAGUGAGCUUCAUCAGCAUCAUUUUACUUCCAAUAGUUGGAAAUGCAGCAGAACAUGCUGGGUCCAUCAUAUUUGCUUUCAAGAACAAAUUGGAUAUAUCUCUGGGAGUUGCUUUGGGAUCUGCAACUCAAAUUUCGAUGUUUGUGGUUCCUCUGUGUGUGACGGUUGCAUGGAUAAUGAAAAUCGAAAUGAACCUAGAUUUCGGUCUUCUUGAAACUGGUUCUCUUGCCUUUACAAUAAUUGUCACGGCCUUCGCUCUGCAGGAUGGAACUUCACAUUACAUGAAAGGAAUGGUUCUGUUCCUCUGCUACACAGUCAUUGCUGCAUGCUUUUUUGUGCACAAAAUUCCGCACAAUCAAAUGGCCUCCACCUGCAGCUUAAAGGCUGAAUCAUCUGCUGGGGUAUGGGCUUCUUAGCUAGCUAAGCCAAAUUGGUAUUUUUGAGAUAAAAAGGAGCUAGCUUGCGAUUCGAAUGUGAACGUUCACAGGGAAGAUGAUUGUACAUGACCAAUUGCAGUUUCUGGCAAUGUAAUAAGGGUGGGUUUCUUUUUUUCUUCUUUCUGAAUUCAGUUAAUUUCGAAGUGUUGGCCAAAGAUAUUGGAAUUAGCUUUGUGAUAUAGCAGAGACGAAUUUUAGUGCCAAUUACUUCUUGUAAUGUGAUAAUGAGGUGAUGAAUAAAUGAAGUAGGUCAGUCUGAGUUCAUUUUACUAAAAGAAAUAAAUGAAUUGUUCAAUGUUUGCUUCGA